AUGUUUCGCCAAGCAGUAUUCAUCGCAUUUGCUUUUCUUGCUACUGUCGAUGUUCUCACAGAAGCAAAAGUGGUUUCAAAUCUCGCUGUUCAGGACAUAGUGGAUACUGGUCCUACCUUACCAGUAACUGAUAAACCAUCUCAUCGAUAUCAAACAUGCACUUAUAUUGGAGAUCCUCAUUUGAUUCCAUUUUCCCAACCAUACACCCAAUAUUGGUGUAAAAAAUCAGGCUGGGAAUUACUUGUCAGUAACAAAUAUGUCACACUAUAUGUACUAGUUGACAGUACUAAUACUUACUAUCGAAUUCAAGACUAUGUGUAA